ACCUUCAGCAAGACCUUAAUUUCUGAAAAAUAUGUGGUGAAUAUGAUCCUUAUCCUUACGCUUAAUCGGAAGUCUUUCUUUGUUGUAUGAAGGUCGAAAACUUCUGUAACCCAUGUUAAACCUUUAGAAAAAGUAGAACCUGUAUUCAUGGCUUCUGCUUAUCCUAAUUCUCUCUACCUCAUCCUACUAUGUCUGUUGCCAGUCUCUGUCCUAUCUCAAACAUAUAAGAAUAUAACCUUGGGCUCAUCAUUAACGGCCGUACUCAAUGAUAACUCUUCCUGGACAUCUCCAUCUGGUGAGUUUGCAUUUGGCUUCCAACAGAUUGAAACUGGAGGGUUCUUACUGGCCAUAUGGUUUGAUAACAUACCUGAAAAAACCAUUGUAUGGUCAGCCAAUGGCGGAAAUCUAGUCAAACAAGGAUCAAAAGUUCAACUUAGAACAGAUGGCCAGUUCGAGCUCAUAGACCCAAAAGGACAAGAGGUAUGGAUGGCUAACUUGUCUGGCUCUGGUAUUGUUUCUUAUGCUGCUAUGCUCGACACUGGGAACUUUGUGCUGGCAAGCCAGAACUCCACCAAUUUGUGGGAAAGUUUUGAUCAUCCAACUGAUACAAUACUACCCACACAGACAAUAAGUAUUGGUAGCAGCCUUCAUGCUCGUUAUUCAGAAAUGAACUAUUCAAGUGGAAGAUUUCUAAUGCGAUUACAAUCAAAUGGAAAUCUUACACUUUCUACCGUACAUUUCCCACUGGGUUCACCAAAUACUGAUUACUGGUUAGCUAACAAUAAUGGAGGUGGCUUUCAGGUUAUCUUUAACCUAUCUGGCUACAUCUACCUAGAAGAUAAAAAUAAAAGCAUAAUCCGUUUUAUAGCAUCAAUCGGAGCUUCAUCUAGCGACUUCUAUCAGCGAGCAAUCCUUGAAUAUGAUGGUAUCUUCAGGCAAUAUGUCUAUCCAAGGAACAAUGGUGUCACUGAUGGAGGGACUAGUGGUUGGUCUACCCGGGACUAUGUCCCAGACGAUAUUUGCAAGAGCAUCACAAUGCAAAGCACAGGCAGUGGAGCUUGUGGGUUCAACAGCUAUUGCCAUCUAGGAAAUGAUCAGAGACCUACAUGCACUUGCCCACCUGGAUACUCACCCUUGGAUCCAGAUAAUGAAAUGAUGGGAUGCAAACAGGCUUUUGUCCCACAAGACUGUGAUGGAGGCCAAGAUGCAGAUCCUUUUUAUCUAAGCGAGUUGCCCAGCGUAAAUUGGCCGGGAGGGGAUUAUGAAUAUUUUAGCUCCGUUCCUGAGGAUUGGUGUAAACAGGUAUGCUUGAAAGAUUGCUUUUGUGCUGCUGCAAUCGUUAAUACUGGUCGUGAAUGCUGGAUGAAGAAAAUUCCUCUCUCAUAUGGAGUGCAACUUAAUGAUGAUUUUGGAACGAAAGCACUGAUCAAAAUAAGGAAAGACAAUUCCACAACAUCCAUUGCCAACGGUUUAAAGGAGCAGAAGUCAACACUGAAUCUUAUUCUAACUAUGCUCCUUAGUAGCUCAGCAUUUUUAAACCUUGUUCUGUUGAUUGCUACCCUUUGGGUUGUUUUUAGGAAAAGAAGGAUCACUCGGCCGUCCGGUGAAAUCCAGGGCAUAGGUUUACGAAGCCUCACUUACAAGGAACUUGAAGGAGCUACAAAUAAUUUCAAAGAAGAACUUGGGAAGGGUGCUUGUUCAACAGUUUACAAAGGAAUUCUUGCUAUUGGUAACAACAAUUUGAUUGCGGUUAAAAGAUUGGACAAGAUGGUGACAGACAACGAGCAAGAAUUUCAAGCAGAAAUGAGCGCAAUUGGCAAGACAAACCACAAGAAUCUUGUGCAGCUGCUAGGAUUUUGCAAUGAGGAGCAACAUCGGCUUUUGGUGUAUGAAUACAUGAGCAAUGGAUCUUUAGCAUCUUAUCUUUUUGGGAAUUCAAGGCCAAGUUGGUAUAGAAGAACUGAAAUUGCUUUUGGAACCGCAAGAGGACUUGCUUAUUUGCAUGAAGAGUGCAACAACCAAAUCAUACACUGCGACAUCAAACCACAAAAUAUCCUUCUAGAUGACUCCUUGACAGCAAGAAUUUCAGACUUUGGAUUGGCAAAACUUUUGAAGACAGACCAGACACGAACUCUUACCGCAAUUAGGGGUACAAAAGGAUAUGUUGCUCCAGAAUGGUUCAAAAGCAAGCCUGUCACAGUCAAAGUUGACGUUUAUAGCUUUGGAAUUCUACUGCUAGAGCUCAUUUGUUGUAGGAAGAGUUUUGACCAAGAUGUAGAUGAUCAAAAUCAAAUGAUAUUGGCUGAUUGGGCAUACGAUUGCUAUGAAGAACGGAGAAUGUAUAUGCUAGUGCAAGAGGAUGAAGAGGCAAUUCAGGACAUAGAGAGGGUAGAGAAGUUUGUGAUGAUUGCCAUUUGGUGCAUUCAAGAUGAUCCACUGUUAAGACCCACUAUGAAGAGAGUCUCACAGAUGUUAGAAGGUGUUAUUGAAGUUCCUCAUCCUCCAGUCAAUCCUCAUUCAACAGUUUAAUUUAAAUCCACUGAAGCCCCAUAACCUAUUAAUAAGAAGAAGUGUGAUCAAUACUGUUCUUCAGAUUCAUGGGGUGAUGAUCUCUGUUGAUGCUGUGAGGCCUCUUCAAGAUGUUGGGUAGAUGUUGGGUGUAGAAAAGUGUUAGGACUCUGUUUCGCGUUCAUCAAGCUAAAUUCUUGAACUCUUGUAUGUUUAUGUUUGUUAACUCUGUUACUUGUUCCAUCUCUAACUAGUGUCGUGUAUGCUCAUGAAUAAGGCUGAGUGCAUUACUCAAUCAAGACAAGAUUACAGA